AUGUCAUAUGCCAUCCUCGAUCCCGACGACGUUCCCACGGACUUCGAUCCAAGUGCGAUCAAAUGCAUCGUAAACUGGCCGGGGGCCUCCCAAUUUUCCCAUUCGGAUAUCCCAUUCGUACCCAGCGAAAGCUGGUAUGGAGACGGGAGAUUCCUGUGGGGAUAUGAAGUGCAAAAUACGCUAAGAAAGGUCUCAGAGGGUGAGCGUACACAGUGGAUGAAGGGCAUCGUUCAGCUUCCCAAACUAUUGUUGGAUAAUGAUAUGGAGGACCUGGACGAGGACCAGCUAGCACUGCCGAGGGAGGCCCUCCGCAAUGUGGGCAGGACUGCUACAGAGGCCAUUCGAGACUAUCUUAUGAAAGCCUUUAAGCAUGCCCAUCGCCAAUUGGUUGGAAAGAAAGGCUUCAAUGACAGCUGGCAGGUCGAACUAGCGCUGUGCGUGCCAUCGAAGUGGUCAACGUAUGCACACCUCACAAUGCAGGAGAUCAUACUUGAGGUAGUGGACAGCACGGAAAUGAGAGGCAGAGAGUUCUCACUAUUCAUCAUUGACGAGCCGGAGGCUGCAGUGACUCUUGCACUGACGGACGAGCAUACUCGAAGAAUCAUCAAAGAAGUGUCCACCUUCAUUGUGUGUGAUGCCGGAGGUGGGAAAGACUGCGGCUCGUGCUAUAUUAACCAGGCUUUUAUCAACGACACUCGACAAAGGCUGGCACACAUCACUGAGUUGGGUAGGAAUCGUACCUAUGGCAAGGAAUCCGUUCUGCAUGAUGACCUAUUUCGACCGUUCGAGAAUGAUUUGAAACGCAACUACAAUCCGGUUGACUGGGAGGAGGAAACCGGUCGUGAUCUGCGCGUGUUCGGCCUAGAAGAGGACUCGACGAGGAAUUUUGGGGAUGGCAUAAUGUUCAUCACAAAGUAA